AUGGAGUUGAGCCUCGACGGGCUCGGCAACCUCCACCAGGCCGGGGAGCUGUUGAGCCCCGCCGGGGCGCACGCCAGGCAGCCUCCGCCUCCCCCGCCGCCUCCCCCUCCGCCUCCUCCCCCGUCGGCGCACCGCAACCUCGUCUCCUCGCACGGCCGGCCAGCCAUGGUCUCCAGCAUGGCGUCCAUCCUCGACGGGGCGGGAGACUACCGGCCGGAGCACACCCUGGGCGGGCCGCUCCACCCUGCCAUGAGCAUGGCUUGCGAGUCGCCGUCGGGGAUGAGCACCUACACGACCCUGACGCCUCUGCAGCACCUGCCGCCCAUCUCCACCGUCUCCGAGAAGUUCCACCACCAUCACCACCCUCACCACCACCCGCACCACCACCCGCACCACCCGCCGCACCACCAGCGGCUGUCCGGGAGCGUCAGCGGCAGCUUCACCCUCAUGCGCGAGGAGCGCAGCUUGGCCGCCUCCAUGGGGAACCUGUACGGCCACUACCCGAAGGACAUGCCCUCCAUGGGGCAGGCCCUGUCGCCCCUCUCCAACGGCCUGAGUCUACACAACGGGCAGCAGUCGCUGGCCCCCUACGGGCCCGGCGCCCACCUGGCCGGAGACAAGUUGCUGUCCCCCAACGGCUUCGACCCUCACAUGCUUUCCAGGAGCGAGGAACACCUGGCGCGGGGUCUAGGGGCUCCGGGCUCCGGCAUGAUGCCCUCCCUCAACGGCAUGCACCCCCACGGAGGGCACCCCCACGGGCAAGCCAACGGCGCCCUGCUGGGCGAGCGGGAGAGGCAAGCUUCGUCCGCGUCGGGCUCGCAAGCCGGGGGCUCCGGGCAGGUGGAGGAAAUCAACACCAAGGAAGUGGCCCAGCGGAUCACCGCCGAGCUGAAGCGCUACAGCAUCCCGCAGGCCAUAUUCGCCCAGCGGAUCCUGUGUCGCUCGCAGGGCACCCUCUCCGACCUCUUGAGGAACCCCAAGCCGUGGAGUAAGCUGAAGUCCGGGCGCGAGACCUUCCGAAGGAUGUGGAAGUGGCUGCAGGAACCCGAGUUCCAGAGGAUGUCUGCCUUGAGGCUGGCGGCAUGCAAACGUAAAGAGCAGGAGCAGCAGAAGGACCGGAACCUGCAGCCGAAGAAGCAGCGCCUCGUCUUCACGGACCUCCAGCGCCGCACCCUGAUCGCCAUCUUCAAGGAGAACAAGCGGCCUUCCAAGGAGAUGCAGAUGACCAUAUCACAGCAGCUGGGCCUGGAACUGAACACCGUCAGCAACUUCUUCAUGAACGCUCGCCGGAGGUGCAUGAACCGUUGGCAGGAAGACCCAGGAGCCAACCCCGGGGUUCCCUCUUCAUCUACAAGCACUUUUUCCAAAGCAUGAUCUCCUCCUCCUCCUUCUCACCUGCUCCCUACAUCUCCCCCCCCCUCCGCCCUGUCCAACUCCACACAGCAGCCAGAAAGCUCAUCAUCGCCUUCUCCAUGCCGGCUCUCCUUCUCCUCACCGCCAUGCACACACCUUGAGCCAUGCGCCACUCAUACCUCAAACACAGCACCAGGUGCAAUUGGAAUGCUGCUAGACCUCUGGGAGCAUCCAUGCGUCUUAGAUGCACAAGAGCCCUUGCCUAAAAGCUGGCGGCUGAUUUGCAGAGGGGCACUUGCUUGGCGCCAUCUCCCAAGCAGCCCCCAAAAUCUUUGGCUUAGGUGAGAGGCGCCAUUUGCCCCAUAAACAAACAAACAAACAAACAAGCACCCAGCUCAGAGGGUGUUGUGCCAUUCUGAUGGCUGGGCAAGGGGGUUAAGGGGCUGAUUUAAUUGCAUAUGUUCUCAAGGUAGUCUGUUUUGAAGUUCCCGUUAUGGGGGAGGCGAAAGCCAUAUCGCUGAGGGUCGGUGGGUGCCUUGGCCAACUGAGUGUGUGCUGGAUGCCUUAAACACAGCCCAGCACUGGGCAAUUGUUGGGAGGGCAAGUAUCCAUGUAACCCUGUCAAACUGGUACACCUUCCUUCUGCCUUUCCCCUGUCCCUGGGUUUCAACCCCUAGACCAUUCACCUUUCAGUAGUAAAGCAUUUGCUUUGCAUGCGAAGAAAUAAAUAAAUGCCAGGCAACUGCAGGUAUGGCUGGGGGAAAUCCCCAGCCUGAAAUCCCUGGAGAGCUGCUGCCAGUCAGUGUAGACAGUGCUGAGCUAAAUGGACCUAUGGUCUGACUCAGUAUUAGGUAGAUUUCUAUUUUCCUGCCAUGGCUACCUUGGCACCAGCAAUGGUCUUGCAUUCUAGGACACAGCUGAGCCCCCAAGUUUCCAGACCUCUUGCCCUUCCUCCCCCCCCAGCUCCAUUUCAAACGAGGGCCAUUGUCGCGAAGCUGAUAACAGCCCUUUUGGAUGUGUGUGUGGGGGGAAAGGCAAGCGACUGUGUCGCAUGGGAAUGGUUUGCAAUUCGUUUGGGGACAAGCUGUUGCAUCCUAGGCAAUGGCAAGUGGAAUCAAUGGUGGAAUGUAUGAAUGGCGUUUAUGGGGUGUCUCUCAGUUUGCAAACCAAAAAUGCAUGAGGGGGCUGAGAAAGUUUUUAAAAAUAAUCAUGAUGAUGAUGAUGAUGAUAAAACCAGUCAGGAGCAUGGCAUUUGUAGGAUAAACAAGGGGAAAGCAUGGAGAACCAUCUUUGCAAGCAUCACCAAACAUUGCCAUUCUGUCCUCACGCACAUUUGUUCCCCGCUCACCUGCUCAACACCCUUCCUUGCAUCCCAUUGUCUACGCAGCUCAUGAACAGAAGGCGUCACUCUCCAAACCAACCCCUCCACGAAUAGAUACCCUAACUCAUGGCCAACUGCACAACAACAUGAUUCACAUCCACCAAAAGGGAAAAAAAAGACAGAGCAACCAAAAAGUGUAGGAGAAUGAGCCGAAGAGAAGACUUCUUGUUCUUGUUCUAUCAACGAUUCCUCUCAAAGGAAUUCCAAGCCAAAGUGUGGAAGGGGGGGGGGAGUAGCAACUCAUCCGAAAAAUACCCCUUCCUCCUCCCCCUGGAAUCAACUAAAGCUAAGUUGCACUGCGUCACUUCGAGAGAGAGAGAAAAUAAGCGGGUCACGAAGCACAUUUUAGGUACAUAAUUCGGGUAUUUAAAAGAAAAAGAGAGAGAGAGAAAGAAAAAGCUUUAAUGAAACCAAAGGAAAGGAGAUGACAGGAUUUUCGCUCUUUUUCCCGGACGCUGGACCGGCAGCUCGCCUUCUGUCUUGACCUUGGUUUCCCUUCCAGAAGACAGCCCCCAGACUGGAUUGAUUCUGUCCAUCUCCUCACAGAGUACCCACAAGCCCCCCGCCCCCUAUAUCCUCUUUUCCUUGCCUGUGCUAUCAACAGAGAGAGGUGAGGAAUUAGAAAUGACCGAUAGGAUAGGAACAGGGGCCUCAGGGUGGACAGGGGCCCGAAUUGCGAAUCUGCUUGCUAAAACAGAGAUAGAGAUAUAUUUAAGGACAGAUCUAUACAUGGUGGGUGGCGAGAAAUGCAAUCCUCUUUCCCACCCACCCCGUCCCCAUUCAAAACCCUGGAAAAAGAAACUCUACAACAAGCUCAAAAAAAAAAAAAAGGGAUCUCUGGCAACGUAUGAAAGAUAACUGACUAUUUUUGAGUGUG